AUGAGUAAUCGUACUCCAUUAUCUGCAAGUUCAAAUCGUCUAUCUGCAUCAGCUUCUUCAAAUACAACUUCAACAUCUCAACAAUAUGAAGAUUAUUUUUCUAUUGAUGAUAUUUUAUCAACACAAGAACGUAUCAAAUGUCAAUUAUUAGUUGAUGUACCUAAACUCGGAUAUUUGGAGCAUAGUGGUAGUAGUUCAAAAUCAAAUGAUGAUCAACAAGAGUCAAAUGUGUCUGCACCCAUAUCUGCUCAAACAAAAUUGGAAUUUCCCUAUUGGAUGGUCUAUUCCAUUUGCAAUUCAAAAACAAAUUUUUCCACAUUUGAACUUCCUUAUAUUUUUCAAAAUAUACAACGUCAAAUAUUUCAUGCUGAUUCUACUAUUGUCGAUUUACAUAAAUUAUCACCUAAUUUUUAUCGAUAUGGCAAACAUUUAUUACAACUGAAUUUUGAUCAAGAUGAGAAGAAAGAUGUGGCAAUGACAAUGUUAUCUACAUUUCAACAACGUUUUCGAACAAUUAUGGACUAUUCAUUUCAUUUAACAUCAUCUAGUGGUGAAGAUAUAGCAAAAUAUACAAAUGAUAAAUUUAUUUCAAAAUUUGAUCAUUUUGAAAAACAAUUAUUCGCCAUUGGACAAAUGGGUUUUCUAGAUUAUGAUCGAUUAUUAAAAAAUGAAACAAAAAAAAUGGUGGCACCCGGUACAAAUCGAACAACAAUAAGUGAUAAUAUGAAUGAUUUAACAAAUUUAACAACACGAAAACGUAAACGAAAUGAAAAUGAAAAAGAAUAG